UAAUGAAAAAAAAAAAAAAAAAAAAAAAAAAAAAGCCAUUGGAACAAGAAGAAUAGACGUGUAGAAAUAUGCAUAGUACGGGAUAUUUACAUAAAAGUUACGUAGGUCAUAAAUGCUCUGCAUUCGUUGACGUCAUCAGAACUGAGAUUCCAGAGUAUACAAGUCUUCUUCUCUCUAUUUUGACUUGACAACUAAAUUUGAAGCUAUAUGUAAAAAUAUAGCCGACAAAAAUCACGUUUGUCACAAGAUGCCUAUAGAUUACCAAGGUACGAAAGUUCCAACAUGUUAUGCUACUUGCAGUAUCGGACAUAAGGAGUCUCACACGCUUCCCUUGAAGCUUAAGGCAAUAGCGGAUGCCGGAUUCGACGCCAUCGAACUAUCUAUGCCCGAUAUCUUGGCUUAUGGUAAGAUGCUCUAUGGUCAGGAACUUGACCCUAAAGAUUACGACGCACUAGUCGAGAUUGCAAAGGCGAUCAGAACGCAGGCGGAAGAGCAUAAGCUCAAGAUUUUGAUGCUGCAGCCUUUUGCCAACUUCGAAGGCUGGCCAAAAGAUAGCAAGGCGAGAAAGGACGCGUUUGAGCGUACCGAAGGUUGGAUGCGUAUCAUGGAAGCUGUAGGCACAGAUAUGUUGCAAGUAGGAUCAUCCGACGCGCCCGGGAUAUCGUCGUCUAUUGAUGACUUAGCCGGCGACUUAGCCGAGCUGGCGGAUAUGUGCGCCGCCAAAGGGCAGCGCAUCGCGUAUGAGAACUGGUGCUGGGCUACGCACUCUCCGAGCUGGAGAGACGUAUGGCGUAUCGUCGAGAAGGCCGACCGGCCAAAUCUCGGUCUAUGUCUAGAUACCUUCCAGAGCGGUGGCGGCGAGUGGGCAGACCCGACUACAAAAUCCGGAUUAGUUGAGGAUAUCUCACGGGAUGAUCUCGAAGCCAAAUGGAAGCAGAGCCUGGCCGAACUAAGCAGAACAGUCCCGCCCGAGAAAAUCUAUCUCUUACAGAUUUCGGAUGCCUACAAGAUGGAACCCCCCAUAGAAGCAAAGGCCAACAAGGAAGGGUUGCGACCAAGGGGCCAGUGGAGCCAUGAUUACCGACCGUUACCUUACGAUGGGGGCUAUCUUCCUGUUCAAGACUUUCUAAAGGCUGUACUUGGGACUGGGUUUAGAGGCUGGUUGUCUAUCGAAGUGUUUGAUGGUAAGGGACCUGAGAAGUACUCCGAUAUGCUUGAAAUUAGCAAGAAGGCCAUGUCUUCACUGUCGAUGCUAUUAGUGGCAUGAUGCAAUUGGAAUAGAGAUAUUGCAUACCAUAUAUAAGAUCAAAGUUAUACAAGGACAAAAGAUAUUGAAGCGCCUUGUUCUUAGCCAUAUCUUCUUAGACUCUUUACUGGAUUAAGAAUAAUAUAGUACAUAGUUUCGAAGAGCUGAAUGUUCCUCGUCACAAUUCCAAACUGUUAUUGGAGUUUAUGUAUGGGUCACUAUGGAUUUGAAGAGGCUUAGGACCGAAGCUUGCUUAACCGACUUCGCGGAUGUAAUAAAUAAGAGUACUGGAAACCAUUCAGCAAAACUAGAACUAUUAAACAAACUUACCUUGGUGAAUUAACUUCUUGUAUCAUGUCAUAGUACUAAAGUUGUCGCAAUACUUCCCUGCCUACCUUAGGU